UACAAAGGCCCACGAAGCCUUUAACUGCUUUCCCCCGGCAGGUGUGAUGGCAGCCUGUGCCGAGGACGGAGCGCAGGGAGGGCAGACCGAGGAGCCUCCGCUGAACAUGACGGACCUGCCGCCCGUCACCCAGACCAGGUUCACCGCCGUGAGAGACCCGACGCUGAUGCUGGAGGAGGAGGAGCCUUAUUUCGACAUGUCUAUGUCCCCGACGCAGACGGCGUAUCUGGGGAAGACUGCGACGCUCACCUGCGUGGUGCACGCGGCCAAGAACGACAAGUCGGUGUCGUGGAUCCGCGGGCGCGACCUGCGGAUCCUGACGGUGGGCGGCUACACGUACACGACGGACCUGCGCUUCGAGGCCUUCCACCAGCCGCACAGCACGGAGUGGACGCUCAGGAUCAAGUCGGUGCAGCUGCGCGACCAGGGCGGCUACGAGUGCCAGAUCGCCACCAAGCCCAUCAGGACGUACCACGUGUUCCUCAAGGUGGAAGAGCCGUCGGUGGAAGUGGUCGGCGCCCCAGACAUCUACGUCAACAGGGCGAGCAUGAUCAACCUCACGUGCGUGGUAUACCAUGCGCCGUAUCCGCCCGAGGACAUCAUCUGGUACCAUGGCAACCAGACCAUCAGCUACACGUCCCCGCGGGGCGGCGUGAGCGUGGUGGAGGAGCGCGGCGAGACCACCACCAGCAUCCUCCUCCUGCAGAAGGCGAGGGCGUCCGACUCCGGCACCUUCAUUUGCCAGCCUGAGAACAUGGACGCCGCUCAGGUCACUCUCCAUGUCUUGGACGGUGAGCGCCGUGCUUGGUGGCACUAUUUUCGACAUUCUUUAGGUAAAAUAACCACGACUGGCAUGGUUAUGCAGUAA